UAUGUGGGCACUGUGAACCCCAAUAUAGGUAUGGCUGAGGUAUUGCGAGACACCGGUCGAUACCACUGUGUGUUUGCGGUGACCAACGAUUGGAAGUCACGGCUCGAGUCCAUUGGGUUUGAGGUGAGACUUAUUGGACAACCGGUGGCCAGGGAUGCGACAACUAAUCGGAUGGGAUCGGCUGAAAGUAAUUAUAAAGAGAUUGAGGUGUCGGGAGUGUUAGAAAACACCACUCAAUUGGAAAAUGCCAUUCGUGCCAAUGAGUGGGCCGUAAACUUGGGUCUCAAAGAGAUUACAGAAACGGAUCCAUUGGUUAAGGCUAUUAUAGAGGACCUGAAACCUGAUGUCAUAAUAAGUGACCUGCUCAUUCAAUUACCAUCUAUAUACACAUCUGGGAUACCCUGGAUAUUCAGUUGGAGUGCUAAUCCAUUGUCAUUAAACUACGGUUACCCGGAUGACAUACUUCCACCAGCAUUCUUAGGAUUGCCGACAAAUAGUGGGACAGAAGUGAAGGAGAAAUACAGACAACAAGUGUGGGAAAGAAGAUUGCCGACAAAUAGUGGGACAGAAGUGAAGGAGAAAUACAGACAACAAGUGUGGGAAAGAAGUCGUGAAAAGUGGUAUAAAUAUAGGGAUCAAUUGGUUUCUAUGGGAUGUCCCAAACUUCAGGAAUUCCUAAUCUGGACCCCUUCCCCAUACGCUAACAUUUAUAUGACACCUAAAGAACUGGAUUAUACGGACAUCAGACCACUUCCCGACAAUUUCCAUGGAUUUGAUAAUUUUAAACGAACCGAAAAUGAAGACACGUUUGAAAUCCCCGAAUGUCUUAAGAAUAGAUCCGGAAAACUGAUUUAUCUAUCGUUGGGAUCCAUUGGAUCCGGAAAUGCAGAGCUUAUGAAGAGAUUGGUUGCGAUUUUGUCCAAAUCUAAGCACCGGUUCAUUGUCUCCAAAGGUGUCAAUCACGAGAAGUACUCGUUGGCGGACAAUAUGUGGGGCGAGAGGUCUGUCCCUCAGGUGAAAGUGUUGUCAGUCGUAGACCUAAUGAUAACACACGGCGGCAACAAUUCUGUGACGGAAACCAUGUAUUUCGGGAAACCUAUGGUUGUCUUACCACUGUUUGGGGAUCAAUACGAUAACGCACAGAGAGUUCAAGAAAAGGGGUUUGGGAUUAGACUCAAUCCCUACGAGUGCUCUGAAAAUGAAUUAUUGGAUUCAAUCGACAGACUAUUAAACGACGAAAUAUUGGCCCAAAAGUUGGCAAAAGUCGUGUCAAAUGUCCCGCGGGAUAGGGGAGUGCCUCACGAACCCUAUUUCUUUAGCUGUAUCCGUGACGGCGGAGUACUGGCGCCCGACUAUCACGACUGCGCCCCCACUCAGGCCUGUUGUAUACGACACUUCUUCACCCAAUUCACCACUAAAUAG